AUGGAGCAACAAGAAAAGAAAAAGAGAAAAAUCCAGAGGAGCAUAUCAACACAAUCUUCAUCUAUGUCUUCAAUUCCUCUGGAUGUAACCUCGAAGAUACUUGCAAAGCUGCCCGCAAAAUCAGUAUUGAGAGCUCGUUGUGUUUCAAAGCAAUGGUCAUCAAUCAGCACUGAUCCAUAUUUCAUCAGUAACAUGUUCCCAAAACAGUCUUCAUCGAGUCUUCUAAUCUUCUUCAAACCAAAAAGAAAGCUGUUUGUUAUCUCCAUUCACCAGAAUCCAAACGAGCCUCAGCAUGUGGGAAUCUGUCCACGGCUUGAUCUGUUUCCGAAUAGCAAAAAAACCCAUUAUUUGGAACCCUACCUUGAGAAAAUUCUCAACCUUGCCCAAACCCAAAAGCAACUGGAAGGUAACACUAUUGGUGACAAUGAUGGGCAAUGCAUCAAUGGUGUUCUAUACUAUAGAGCCAGUCUUGAUCAAUCUAAUGUUGACAUUAUAAUGAGUUUUGAUGUCAGUACCAUGUACAACAAGGAUAUCACACUGUGGGUUUUGGAGGAUGCCAAAUGGUUGUGCAAACACUUUACUAGAGCAUCUUAUAAUGAUCAGCCUUUGCAAGCACUUUCCGGGAUAAAUGGUAUCACUGAUGAUGGUGAGUUUAUUUAUGUAGCAUACGUUCUCGACUCGUUCUAUAUUUUAUACUACGAUCCGGAGAAAAAGAGCUACAGAAGAGUCGAUCUUCAAGGAGUCGGCGAUGCUGAUUUUAUGCUCCGUAAUGGACUUGGAAACAUGGAUGGAAUUCGGAUCCAUACUUGCCUCAACAUUGAGAGUCUAUUGUCUUUGUAA